GGAAGUUGUAAUUUCCCCGUUCAAGCCUGUUAGAACUCUUUUUUAAUACAGUAAAGGCUUGGUGUUCUGUAAUAGGUAAUUGCUUAGAUAAGAUGGGUAGCACUACAUACGGAACGCUGGAAAUAGGACGGAUAUUGUUAAAAUAGUUUUAGGUGUGGAGAAAUGGUUCGAAUUUUAGCCAAUGGAGAAAUUGUGCCCGAUGAUGAUCCUCGGGUUAGGAAUAGAGCUCAACAGAAUGAAAACCGUAACACUUUUGGGCAGGGGUUUUCUGGACAGCCUGAGAAUGCUCAGUACCAUCCACAAAAUCAAAUGCAAGACUCUCCAUUUUCAGCACUGAACCAGAGACUGUCAGAGGUGGGAAUACCACGCUGGAACCUUGGGAACUGGGUUAUAGAGCCAGCUGUAUCCAUCCUCCUGCUGCUUGUUGUGAUAAUGAUGGGAAUGCGGGGCAUUUUACUACUUGGUCUUUUGUAUGUACUAUCUCGAAUAAACCAGUGAUAAUUAGUGUGUGCAAAGCAACAGACAAGUUUCUUUUCUUAAGCACAAUUCCUCAAUGCCUUAUCAGAAAAAGAGUCAGGGUAGUACUUUCAUAUUUUCUGGGUUCUGAAAUUAUUUCAUAGAGCCUAAGAUAAAACUAGAAUACUGCUAAUUUGAUAUAGGAUUUUCAGGUGUGGUGGUGGACUUUAUGGAAUGUCAGUGAUUUGUAUACUUAAAUAAAAUAUUGGCCUUUGUGUGAA